AUGGAUAACAACAUGGAAAUUGAUACCGCACGGUCGCCUGAGCCACACCAUCUCUCGCCCACAAGCGACCCGGGCUCUAUACCGACCCUAGAUGGCUGGAUCGAAAGUUUGAUGACGUGCAAGCAACUAGCGGAGGAAGAUGUGCGGCGGCUGUGCGAUCGGGCAAGAGAAGUGUUGCAGGAGGAAUCAAACGUGCAACCAGUGAAAUGCCCUGUGACGGUGUGCGGUGAUAUACAUGGCCAGUUCCAUGACCUAAUGGAGCUCUUCCGUAUCGGCGGUCCUAACCCGGAUACAAACUAUCUCUUCAUGGGCGACUAUGUUGACCGAGGAUACUAUUCCGUCGAGACUGUUACCCUCCUGGUUUGCCUGAAGAUCCGCUACCCCCAGCGUAUCACCAUUCUCCGUGGCAACCACGAAUCCCGCCAAAUCACCCAGGUGUAUGGCUUCUACGACGAGUGCCUCCGCAAAUAUGGCAACGCCAACGUCUGGAAAUAUUUCACCGACCUUUUCGAUUACCUUCCCCUCACUGCUCUCAUUGAAAAUCAGAUCUUCUGCCUGCACGGCGGGCUGAGCCCGUCCAUCGAUACCCUCGACAAUAUUCGCUCUUUGGAUCGCAUUCAAGAAGUCCCGCAUGAAGGACCCAUGUGUGAUCUUCUUUGGAGUGAUCCCGAUGACCGCUGCGGCUGGGGAAUCUCGCCUCGUGGUGCGGGAUACACCUUCGGACAGGACAUUUCGGAAGCAUUCAACCAUAACAACGGCUUGACUCUGGUUGCACGGGCACAUCAACUGGUGAUGGAGGGAUAUAACUGGUCACAGGACCGCAAUGUGGUGACCAUCUUCUCGGCACCCAAUUACUGUUACCGCUGCGGCAACCAGGCCGCCAUUAUGGAGAUUGACGAGCAUUUGAAGUACACAUUUCUACAAUUUGACCCUUGCCCCCGAGCGGGAGAACCCAUGGUAUCGAGGCGUACGCCAGACUAUUUCCUGUGAUAGAUUUCAU